UGUUAUCUCAGCCCCAUGAUCAGAAUCAGUUUAGAAAUGUAGUGGUAGAAACAGGGGAGGCUGUAAAUAGGUUUAAGAGAGUUGUUUCUCUUCUUAAUACUGGAUUGGGUCGUGCAAGAGUAAGAAAGAUGAAGAAUUUUCAAGCCCCUUUUACCCAAAACAUCCUGCUAGACAACCUAAGGAGUAAAACAGAUCGUCACCCCAAACCUGUUCAGCUUCUGCAGACUAAUUUUCUUGAAAAUCCAAUCCGAGAAGCGGGUUCUCGUGUUCAAAGUACUCUUACAUUGGGGAACUCAUCAUUGGAGAUGAAUUCAAAUGAGCAAAACCCUCUUCAACUUGCUCAACAAACACCACAGACCAACUACCAUCAUUUCCUUCAGCAACAGCAUCAACAAAGGAUCCAGCUUCAGCAGCAACAGAUGAAGCAUCAAGCAGAAAUGCUGUAUCGGCAGAGCAAUAGCGGUGUUAAUCUGAAUUUUGAUAGCUCAAUGUGCACCCCCACCAUGUCAUCCACUAGGUCUUUUAUCUCUUCAUUGAGUAUAGAUGGGAGUGUUGCUAAUCUGGACGGGAAUGCGUUCCAUUUGAUUGGGACAGCUGGCUCUUCUGAUCAGAAUUCUCACCAACAUAAGAGAAGGUGCUCUGGAAGGGGAGAUGAAGGGAGUGCAAAGUGCGGGAGUAGUGGUAGAUGCCACUGCUCAAAGAAGAGGAAACAUAGAGUGAAGAGGUCAAUCAGGGUACCUGCUAUCAGUAACAAGCUUGCAGAUAUCCCUCCUGAUGAUUAUUCAUGGAGGAAGUAUGGACAGAAACCAAUUAAGGGUUCUCCUCACCCGAGGGGAUACUAUAAGUGUAGCAGCAUGAGAGGUUGCCCUGCUAGGAAACAUGUGGAGAGGUGCUUGGAGGACGCCUCAAUGCUUAUAGUAACUUAUGAAGGAGAGCAUAACCACCCUAAGUUGCCGUCACAAUCAUUGAACACAUGAAUCUAAUGAUAGCCUCACCAAGAAUGCUUCAUGCCCAUUGUAUUCAAUCCAUUAGUGCUCAAUUUAUGAUCGGCUUGAAUCGCUCAUGUACAUAUUUUGCAUGGUUCAAUCUUGAGAUGCAUAUGGAGCAAAUUUCUGUUAAUUGGGGAUUGACUUUCUGGGCCUUCUGGACAUAAGGCAAGUAGAUGUGAAGAUAUGAAGACCAGAGCCAGACAAGAAUCUGUUGAAUUGACGCUUUCUCGUUGUAAGAACAAUCCUCAUCUUGUAUGACAAUCUCUGUCAAACGUUUUAGGGCUUUUCCUAUGAAUGCAUUACCUUCAUUAUGGAAAUUUUGCUUCAAUUGACCAGAAUAAAUCGUGGGCUAAGCUGCUGGCGUGAGAGUCUUUAUUAUCACAUUGCAAGUUUGCAUCAGUAUUUACAAUUGAGAAAAUUUCCAGGA